AUGCUCGACGGGUGCCGCGCGUACGACUUCCUCGAGAGCUCUCGCUGGGGCUCCCUGCUGCGGGCCAGCGACGUCCUGGAGGCGGCUGCGAGCCUCGGAAGUGGCGGAGCUGCAGGCUUGGGGGCUGGCGCCGGCUUUCCGAAGAGCGCGCCGCACUUGCCGCCCCUGCGUGAGGCCCGCGGCGGGGAGGUUCCCGCCGCGGCCGGUGCUGAACGGGACCGCGGCAACCUGACCGUCGUUGCUCUGAGCACCCACGUCGCGGUGGUGGAGCCCGCCUCGUCCCUGCGGGAGCAGCUGCUGGCACUGGGCGUGCCAGUCCACCUGGCCUUCCUGGGCGUCAUGCACCCGAGCAGCGACGUGCCGUGCCAGCUGAUGCAGGCCGGCUCCGCCUGCAGUCGGGCGCCAGGCGGCUGGGCCGCAGACGUCCGGGCCAUUUCCUGUACACGCUCGGCGACAUGCGCAGGGAAGACUUUCGGGACGUCGGCUUCACGGGCGAGCUGUUCCGCAGGGUGGGGCUCAUCCACCGGCGCCACAUCCGCCGCCAGGCCGACGCCGUGGUCUGCGCGCACCCGUUCCUGCUCUGCGCGGUUCUUCGCACCAUCACCUGACGUCCCCCGGCACGUGCUCGUCUACCUGACGCCCACGCCGCUCACGCUCGUGCCGGAGGGGGACCGCAUGUGGGUCCUGGGCCAGCUCAAGACCCUCGUGGAGCACGGGAAGACGACCGUCUUGGCCGCCUCGCGGAUCUAUUCGCUGCACGCGCUCUACCAGACGGGGGCGCACGUCGCGGCCGUGCGGCCCGCGAGCCUGUACGUCUCAGAUGCGGCGAGAUGGUCGCGAAAGAGUGCGGAGGGAGCAACCUUCUACAUAUGGUGUGCGUCGUCAUUCUGCGGUGAUUUCAUCGUGGUGGCCAUGGGCUUCGUCGGCGAAGGCAGGCUCGCGGGCUCGCGGCAGCUGCAGCGGGCAGAUCCGAUGGUCAAAGAGCUCCUGGAUGAUGGUUUUGCGAGCUGGGCGUUGCUGGCGACGAUGCGCUGCGUGGUGUUCAUGCCAUGGGAUUUGCAGCUCACGGCGUUCCCAGAGCUCUACGCUCUUGGAGUGCCCCUCGUUUUGCCCACUGCGUCUUAUAUCGCACAAUAUGGCCUCCGGAUCCUCACGAAGGGCCAGACCACCUUCUGGGCUGUGCACCCGAGAUUCGCUGGGCAGUUGCCGGGUCAGCCUUCGGUCCCUUUCGCAUUCGGGCCUUGGGUCGACAUUGAGGACGACGGCAGCCCCGAGAUGAUGCUGCGCGCUCAGGACCACUUUCUAUACUGGCUGCAGGCCUCGGACUACGAGACAUUCGGCCAUACACUUAGGUUCGACUCUGUCCCAGGAAUGUUGCAGCAUGCUGUCUUCACCCCAGCGGAUGAGCUCGGCAAGAUCGGGGAUGCCAUGCGGGCUGAGUGGACUCGAGCGCACCGAGAGACUGCAGCGGUGUACCGGGAA